CUUCAUCCCCCAUCAUCGAUCGAUCAGCCCUCCAUGGCUAAUUGCCACCUUAUCUCAAUCUUAAUAUUGCUCUUAUUAGCCCUUCACGCUCUUUCCACUUCUGCAGCUUGGAAUGUGAGCAUAGACUGCGGAUCACCCGAUUCCUACACCGAAAACUCCUUCACCUGGAUCGGAGACGCUUUACUUAUGAACAAUGGGGAGAGCCGGGCGGUGCAGCAUACGCAGAGGGCCUUGAGUACCCUCCGGGUGUUCCCCACCCGCAAAAAGAAUUGCUACUCCAUCAACGUCACAGCUGCGGAGGAAGAGACGGUGGAUGGCAGACUGCUGCAGGUUCUGGUUCGGGCCAGCUUCUUCUACGGCAACUACGAUACAAAGUACGCCCCGCCCAUCUUCGACCUCCACUUUGACGGCAACCGCUGGACCGCCGUGGUGACUCAACUUGACGAAGUGGUUUACGAGGAAGCCAUAUAUUUUGUGAAGAGGGAUGCGGCGAUCAGCGUGUGCGUCGCGCAAACGCGGCCCGACCAGCCCGCCUUUAUAUCUGCGCUGGAAGUACGGAGUUUGGCGCCGGAGAUGUACCGGCGGGCUCAUAAUUAUUCUUCUGCUUUGAUCAACACCAGGAGGGUGGCCUUUAGUUCCUCUGCGCCGAUCGUAAGGUAUCCAGAGGAUGUAUAUGAUCGAAUUUGGCAAAGAAAAGACCCCGCCGAAGAAAAUUUGUCUCUAAAAAAUUUGGCCCACUCCGUUGACGUCGGCAUUGCAGACAACCCUCCACAGGCCGUGUUUCUAAAUGCAGUUUCCUCUGCAAACCACUCUAGUCCCAUAUCUUUAGCCACCAAUAUUCCCAAGCUCAACCAAGUACUUCCCAUAUAUGUCAACCUAUAUUUUGCUGAAGUGAAUGAGACCAUCACAAAAAAGAGAUCCUUCAAGUUUUACAUUGACAAUGAGGCCAUUGGUGACCCUAUAGUCCCAAUUUUUGGAGAGGCCACUAUGUUAAAUGUUCAGAACAAGAAUGCUUCUUCUGAAACUUCAUUUAAACUGCAGGCUACCUCGGGUAAUACCUUUCCUCCUCUCAUCAAUGCCUUGGAAGUUUUCACAGUCACACAUCCGCUGUCAAAGGGAACCAAUGCUAAAGAUGUGGAAGCACUGGCAUCUUUGCAGAGUAGAUUUGAUGCGUUAAGAGAGUGGAAUGGUGACCCAUGUCUUCCAUUACCCUAUACAUGGGACUGGCUGGAUUGUAGCUACGAUAUUCCCCCUCGAGUAACAGCACUGCAUCUCGGCGGAUAUGGACUUUCUGGGCCACUUCCAAAUUUCAGCGUCAUGGAUGCUCUUGAAAUUAUAGAUUUGCACAAUAAUAGCUUGAAUGGAGCUAUUCCUCAUUUUCUAACUACCUUACCUAAACUAAGAGAGUUGAAUUUAGCAGAUAAUGAAUUCAGUGGAGCCAUACCCUCCUUCUCGUUCAAUAAUACCAAACCCAACAUUAAUCUAUCAUUUUCCGGCAAUCCAAACUUGUGUGCUUAUGGCAAUACUAAUUGUCACGAAUUGGACGGCAGAUCUGCACCUGGGGCUUCAAAAGGUCCCUCCUUUGCCGGCACCAGAGUUUCAUGCGUGUUAUUAGCCUCUGUUUCGGCCAUAAUUCAUAUGUUCGUCCAUUUGUAUACGUGAAUGGCUUAGUGCACUUCAAAAAACAUAUAGUUCAAAUUCUUAGCCUCUUAAAUCACAACUUUACUUCUUCAUUUUUACUUUUUAAGUUAAAAAAAAAGCAAGAAAAGAGAGAUAAAUUUAUAAUUCGUUGUACGAGUAAAAAUGACAGUGGGACGGUUAUAUUCUUAGCCGGGGAGAAAAAAUUGAGGCUUUUCUAAAGGAAAAUGUUGGGUGUCACUGUACGAGAUGCAUAAAAUAGUUGCAUUUCUAAGGAUCAACACAUAUGACUAAAGAAAUUCUCAUGUCUCAUUGUACUUGUCAUGAUUUCUUUGAAUGAGAAGGCCUAAUUGAGAUUGUUAUACAAA